UCUGGAUGACAUGAGGUGAAAGGGUCAAAAAUAGCCCUGACUGUGUUUCAGUGUCUUCAUUUGGCUCUGUCAAUCAAAAGCCCAAACAAGAUGGCAGGCUACGGGAGCGGGCUCUUCUUUCUAACAGUUUGUGCUGCCAGCUUGUUUGGGGCCAAAGCAGAAGUCAAAUUAACCAUUCCUGUGGGGAGGUUAUUUACACAUGAGCUGACGAAAGAAACUAUCCAAAGUGACUUGGAACCACUUAGAAAACUCUAUGAUGAAAAGUAUUACAACGACCCUAUUAUAUUUAAGUGCAAACAGCAGAAUUUCCCAGACCUCCCAGAGUGGUUGCGCUUCAUCCAACGGCACCCAAAUGAUAAUGGCUUUCUUUAUGGCACCCCAACCUCCCCUGGAAAAAGUAUUAUUGAGGUCCAUGCAGUCAACAAACGCAGCUAUGACACUGCAAAAGAGACUUUGGUGAUCAAAAUUGUUGAAGGAAAUAUGCUGCCCUAUCAAGCUGAAUUCUUCAUUGCUCUGCGGGAGAUUGAAAGAGUGCUGCCCUCUUCUGUUCAGAAUGAAAUCAAGCAGGACCUGCAGAAGCUGUGGAACACAGAGAGCUUAGAAAUUGUGAACAUGACUAAUGCCCUUGACCGUGGUGGCAGAGUUCCUCUCCCGAUUGCAGGACACUAUGAGGGUGUGUAUGUGAAGGUGGCGUCACACAAGUACUUCUCAGAAUGUCUACUGAGGAUCCUGAAGCCAGAGCACCAAAGGCAGUGUGCAGCAGAACCCAGAGCUAAGGGACCGGGAGGAUGCAAUUUUUGCUCCAUACCCAGCAACUGCAUCACCUGGUGCAAAACAAAACUGUUUGACCUCACCAAGCGGGAGCCGGAGCCACCUGCUCCCUCAAUGGGUUCAGGGAUUUUAGAGGCCGGAGGGGACUUCAAUCCUCCCGAUUCUCCCCCAGGAAGGGACUAUUUCCCGGACUACAUAGUGACAGUGAUUGUGCCCUUGAUUCUUGCCUUUGUCCUCUGUCUGCUGCUGGCCUUCAUCAUGUUUGGAAGACGAGAGGGACUUACAAAGAGGAAUGCAAGGACAGACGAAAUCCAGCUCUACCACCACUAUACCAUUCAUGGUAACACAGAUGAGCUGAGGGGCAUGGCAGGGAGCCGUGGUGUGCCCCCCCCUCUCUCGACGCUGCCCAUGUUUAACAGCCGAACAGGAGAGAGGGCUUCGCCGCUUCAUUCUGACAGCAUUCCUCUCAUCAUGGCCCAACAGGAUCCUUACAGUGACACACUUCCCAGAUGAAGCUGCAUUAACAUCAGCGACGUUGAUCCAUCUUAUGUUGAUGAUGUUUUCUAGAAGUGCCACCAAUCAUGGAUCAUAUAUCACAUGUUUCAGGCUUUAAGUUUUCAAUGGGAUACUUGAUGUGUUUCUUGAUUUGGCUGUAAUCAUGAUUAAAUAAGUUGUGUGCUGUGUAAUAAACCAAUAAACCAUGUGCUGUUUAUCA